GUAUUCCUGAUUCUAUACGCCCGCGAAUUCUCCGGUCCCUUAGUUGUCUCCGGUUUUAGCACUCUCGGUUUUCACGGUAGAGCGGUGUGUAGGUCGCGGUGGGCCUCUCAGUGAUUGUUUGCACAAAUCAAUCUGUUCCUGCUUGACUUUUCGGAUUGAAAACCCUGUGCGGAUGGGUUAAUUUUAAACCAACUCCUUCCAUGCCUACUAAUUUGAUCGAGUCUUUCUGCCAAGUUACGGGUGCUGAUGAGCAAACAGCACUUUCCUUUUUAAACGCCUGUAACGAAAAUUUGGACGCUGCUGUCAGCCUUUUCCUUGAUGACCCUAACUCCGUUUCUUCUGCGUAUGAGCAGUACCGUAGACCCAUCCCGCAACGCACAGAGCAGCUGGUUCCUGUAGAAAUACCUACUUUUCCUCUUCGAAGUCGACGCAGGGCUUUCGUUACUGAUGAUUCCGAUGAAGAGGAUUCAUCUGCGGCCGCCGCGGCUUUCGGAGGCCAACGUAUCUCCAAUACCUCGAGUGCAACUACACUUAGUGGUUACGUGUCUAAUUCGUCUUUAUCGGCACAUUCCGGCUCCUCUACCUCCCUACACACUAGUGGUACUUCAACUGCUACCUUAUCUACGUGUCCUGACCAAAAUGGGUCGCGUGAGAGUAAGGCGAAGAAGAGUGAUCAUCUUCGCCAAUUAUACCAACCACCGACGGAAUUGCUGUUCAAAGGCACGCUCGCGUCUGCACAAACAGAAGCUCUGGAGCGUAAACGAUGGUUGCUUAUCAGUUUACACGAUGAGGGAUGUUUCGACUGCCAUCUGUUGAAUCGGGACGUGUGGAAAGACCCGCGGAUUUACCAACUUGUCAAACGGAACUUUGUUUUCCUCCAGAUUCCUGUUGAUAGUCCAGAGGGAUUAAGCUACCAGAGUCGACAUUCUUAUGUCAAUUCGGCGUCUCAUAUCGCUAUUUUGGACCCGAUCACAAAUGAACAGAAGGUUAUGUGGAUUAAUUUGAAAGAUCCACAGAGUGUCCAUGAUGUCCUGACAGAGUUCCUGAAACGAUCAAGGAUACCCGGCGAUGUACAGUCCUCGACUUUUGACAUCCGUCAAAGCACUCGAGGGACCCCUACCGCGCGCUCGUGUGUCACUUCAACUUACCCCGCCAAACGUGCUCGGGUUGAGGAUAGAGUUAAUUUCACUGCCGGUCUGUCCUCACGUGUUGCCGCUGUGUCGUCACAGAUUUCGGAAGAACCCUAUUCCCAGUUCACCACCCUGUCGUCAUCAAAUUCACAUCUGACUGUUACGGGAUCAGUGGUACCCACUGAGGUACUGGAUUUAACCGAAGAGGAGCAGCUUCAGUUGGCUGUUGAAGCUUCCAAAACGGAUGCUGACAUUUUUGACUCCGCUACUACUGCUGCUUGUAGCGGCGUACCGCGCUCCAAGAGUAUUCAAUCCGAUUCAGAUGGUACGGACGACGUCGAGGAGAACGGAGUGACUAUCCUCUCCGACGAUGACGGAAGCCCUGAUUGCUUUAUUUGUGAUCCUGACACUGAAUUCGGCUCUGGUUUAUCGACAACGGCCUUGAUUACCUCUCGACGACCGCUACGCUGUGAUAUCACCACUCGUAUACCUUCUCCUAUAACUCCAACAAAUCGCUUCACGCUUCCCAUCGCUAAUUCCACUGAAGAUGCGGUCGAACUUGUUGUUAGAUUACCAACCGGUUCUCGCCAAAUUCUCCGGCUGUCUCCAACUUUGACUCUACAGAAUCUUCGAAGACAUUUUGAAUCUUGUGGCUUUCCAGACCGUCAGUACGAGAUUGUUCGCCUUUAUCCACACAUCAACCUCUCAGCACUUCCAGGACAUACCACACUUCGGGACACUGGUCUGGCCAAGAAAGACACAAUCUUUCUUCAGGAUCGCUGUUGAGCUGCUCGACCAAGCCCCACGGCAUCGAUUUUCCCAUUGCCUAUCACUCUUCCAAAUGAAAUGGCACCCUCAGGCUAGAUGUUUCCUCUCUUUCUUCUUCAAUGGACCUUCUUUUCUUGAUAGGCAUGGUCAUAUUCGGUGCACUUCCCACCUGUGUGUGGAUAUCGGCAUUCGCUAUCUGGCUACCUGCAAUCCCUGACUCUGUACAAAUUUUUAUUCCUUUUAUUGUGUCAUCUCCUUUGAUCUUCUUCCCACAGUUUCUGCAAACUCACCAUCAUCUUUACGGAUGCCGUUUACCUAUUUCACCACGAUCAGAAUUAUCUUGCUUGCCGUUCUGACUGGAUGUACUUGUUCAGUACAGCAAAACCAGUGUUUCAUUGUAAUGCGUCUUUUGGUCUCAUCCAACACCCAUGGUGCCAGUUCUUAUUCCUACAUGGAGUUCGUCCAUUAUCCAUAAACUAGUCUGAGUUCUCUGUCUUUGCGCACGGUGUGUGAUCUUUAGUACGCCCAAUUACACCUGCCGUUGUGCUUGGUAUGGUAAAUGAGAAACCGUCGUGCUUUUGUUUUAACCAGGAUAGCGGCGAGCCGAAUGACCAUCUGUAUCCUGUUUCUCUCAACUGCCUGGAGUUCACCAAACACUCCGAUGCCAUUUAUUAUGACUUUCCAUCCAAAAUCGGGACACUGGAAGCCUACGUCCUUGUUUGCAUGUUCGUCACAACUCUCUCAAGCGAACAGCUUUUACGCCUUGUCCGGCCUUUGUACAUAUUAGGUUUUUUACUUGCAUUGCACUCGCUUGCUCACCGAAGCAUCCCAAUACCAUGUAGUCUAUUUAUGAUUCACCCCUUGCUUUUAACAUAUAGUUCUUGCUCACUAGUAUGGUGUUGAUUUGUUUUCGUUCGCUUUUUUACGCUACUAUCCCAUCGAAACAGCGGUCCAUUUGGGUCAUGUUGUUUACUGUCCUUCAUUCACUUUCUGAUUUGUCUGCAUGAUCUGGUUGAUAUGUGAUUUCAUCUGUCGACUCACUUCUUUCGUCCUCGUGACACAAUAAACUGGUGUAUUCCCUUCUUUCAGCUUACACUCGCGGUACAGCCAUACACUGUGGCAGCGACAGCAGUGUGACGCAUGAGUUUUGUCAUGUCGACUUCGACGUUUGUGAAGACUACAAUGGUCCUCUUGGAAAGCACAGCCGGCACUGGAUAUCGCAUCGUGGGAUUUCGGACGAAAUUAGCCAACACUCGCAAAGAGAAGAUCUCCUUUGACCCCCUGGUUCAGCGAAACGUGCUGUUCCGUGAAGUGCGCAAAAUCCGUUCACUGAGAAAGGCCUCAAUUUAAGCAAGCUGCAUAUACGAACGAUUCUGCUGUCUGUAAUUUACCUUGUUUUAUUCAAUCAUUGCAUUUUUCCAGUAUUACAACACCUGUUCACACUCCUUACUCUUCUCGCUUCUUAUUUCAUAGUGUGUAUGUGUGUGUGGCAUGAUCAAUUGCACUACAUCCCCAUUGUCCGCUGUAGUGCGAUGCUGUAUUCAACCGUAGCUUCUUGCGUGAUAGUGGACGGCGUUUGCUGUUCGCCUCUAUCUCUAAAUGUGGACCUUUUUUGUUCUAUACGCAACGCUGUUUGUUUGGUGCUGAGGCAUUGCAGCCUGUUAGAAGGACUCACGCACACUAGUCGUUGACAGCUGACAGUUCCGCCAACUGUUGUCUGUUUUUCUCACGUUAUCGACUGCUUGACCUAUUGAUUUUUUGCUGUACUCUGUUCGUUCAUACAUGUUAGUUUUCAAGACAGCUCGUCCACAUGC